UAUUGAUUUUUACUUCCUCGUGAUCAGCAUCGUUCCAAGUUUCCAAACAUCCACCUAAUUAUGGUUACAGAUUUAUGAUAGUGGUCUCCCAUUCAUUUACACAUUUCUCACUCCAAUGCAAUCCUUCUAACUUCCAGAAAAAAUGGUGAACAUGAAUGUGUUAAGCUUCCUAUUCCCACCACCACCAUCAAUCUACGUGACAGCUAUGUCAUUUAUAAGCUUAGGUUCACUCGCAAAUGCCGGUUUCUCUGAAUUAAGGGGUAAACAUUUGCAAUACUCUAAGUUUUUGAAUUGGAAUCUUGCUAAGGAAAAAACCCAGAAAAAUAAGAUCAUAAUUUCUAGCAAAAUUGGGAUGGCGGUUCUUUAUACUCCUGCCUUUUUAUUUGGGGUUGCUUCCUUUUUUAUUUUCCCGGAUGAAGGUUUCAGGUUUUUGUUGCUUCGUCUGUCUCUUACUGUCCAUUUCCUGAAGAGGGUUCUUGAGGUGCUGCUUCUUCACAAAUUUGGUGGUAGUGGAGUUGCUCUUGAUGCGGCAAUCCCAAUUGCUCUUAGUUACUUCCUCUCCACGGUGACAAUGAUUUAUGCACAGCAUCUAUCAGGAGAAUAUCCAGAGCCAUCUGUUGACCUGAAAUAUGUUGGAGUUGGGUUGUUUUUGGUGGGAAUAGUAGGCAACUUGUACCACCAUUACAUCCUUGCUACAUUGAGAGGAAAAGGCGAGAAAGAGUAUAAGAUACCCAAGGGAGGUUUAUUUAACUUAGUGGUUUGCCCACAUUAUCUGUUCGAGGUGUUGGGGUUUGUGGGUGUUUCUUGCAUAGCCCAAACACUAUAUACCCUCGCCUUCACCGCCGGAACUAGCAUGUAUUUGCUGGGUAGGAGUGUUUCUACUAAGAAAUGGUACUUGUCUAAGUUCGAGGACUUCCCCAAGGAUGCCAAGGUUAUUCUUCCAUUUAUUUUUUAGGUGUACUCUAAAAAAUUGUGCCAUAAGUGUUUUAGACUAUGCUCAAUGGUUGAACACCAACAUUCAGCAUAGUAAUUGUUUUGUAUAUAUACACAAAAGGAUAGUUGGUUGGACCUUAUGAUCCCAUGUUCAAACUUGCCAAAGAUUUAUUUAUCUUCAUCAAAUAUAUUUGUGUAAUUUUUCAAGGGGAUUUUACUCGUUUGUGUCAAUUAGGUGGCAUGCUUUUGUUGCUCUAAGAAAAUUCAAUGAAAUUGAUUUCUUUUUUUCUGUA